AUGCGCCGGUAUACGGCGUGGGGGGGAAUUGUGCGAUCGUGCGACAUUGCCUCAUGUGGCAUAUGGACGUAUCUAGCACUCGUCUGAAUCGUACCGUACUGUUGCGUACCGAGAAAUGGAACUCUACAGUGUAAAAAGACGCAAGUGCUAUUGCUAAAUUUGUAUUUACUUACAUUAUAUGUACUUACAUAUUUCGUUUAUCGACCUAUUUUCGAUAGAGUUUGAUUUUGAAUAUUUGUCAGCACACUAUAUUUUUGCGCAAGUUUAUUUUUAUUUACUUAUGUAUAUUUUGUUGUUUUCGAAGAUUAUUCGGGAUUGAUUUGUGAUACAUUGCAAUAAAACUUUGAUACUACGCUAGUACUUGCAUAGCCUCAUAAUGAUUUCUUUGGCUAAAAUAACGGAUUGGACACCAGAGUAUUUUAUCGCAAAUAAAUCCAAUUGUAAUGCGAUCUUGGAAAAUCUAGAUGCUUUAAAAGAAAUUCCCUUACUAAAUAAUGCCCCUGUUCAUGCAUUCAGGGAUGGUCAAUUGGUCAGAUUUAAAGGAAUGAUUCAAGAUAUGCACAAUCCUGAAUAUUACUUACAAGUGUAUGAAGUCAAAAAUACUCAAACUGAAACAUACCAGAUAAAAUGUGGGAUGUAUACAGAUUCUGCAAAAUGUUUGCCACACGAAAUGAUUUUGUUGGAAUCGGAAAAGAAUCAAAAUUCAGAAAGACAUACAUGUAUUGUGAUAUCAACUCCUGGUUUAAAUGAUUGGGCAAAGGAAACAUAUGAACAGUCACAUUAUUCAAGUAUAAGAUCCACUAAUAAUCAUAAAAGGAGUUUAGACAAGGAUAAUAGUGAGACUACAAACUAUUUGGAAUUAAUACAAAAAAAAGGAAGAAUGUCACCAAUCGAUAAUAAUGAAAAAAUGGAAACAAUGAAGAGUAAUACAAGGCAACAAAGUGCAUUUUCAAAGGAAUAUAUAUUAAAUUUUCCAUUUCCUAUGGAUGAUGGUAAAGCUUGCAUUGUAAAGAUAUACGAAGAUAUGACUUUAAAACUGAAUCAAGUUAUUGAAAUAAUAGGUUUUAUAUCUCUGGAUCCUCUUUUAAAUAUUGCUCACGAUUCAGAUGAAACUAUGACAGAAGCUGAGAUAACUGUGCACCAUCCACCAGUAUCUCUUGUUCCACGAUUACACGCUAUAAAAAUAAUCCAUUCAACUAAACAAGAUAUGACGAUUGCUCCUCAAGUGAUAUCUAAUGCAGAAUUAAUAAGAAGCGAUCUUCACUUAAUACUAAGUCAACUUUUAUUUGGGGAUCAUCUGGCUGCAGAUUACUUAAUUUGUCAUUUACUUUCAUCAGUUUACAUGAAAAGGGAUUACUUCUGUCUUGGUACUUAUCCGCUAAAUAUAACACACUUUUCUGUGACUAAAUGCAAGGAAUUUCCAAAGUAUUUAUAUAAAUUUUUAACUCUAUUCAUCAAGAAAAGUUACUUGUUAGAAAUCACAUUAGAAAAUUUAAACAAUUUAACAUUGUUGCCAAAGAAAGAUUACGAGUGUAAUAGGCUAACCAGCGGAGUACUCCAACUUAGCGACAAUACACAUCUCGUAAUAGACGAAACAGGACUAACUACUGGUCAAAUUACACAGGCCGGACGAGAAAAUUACAAUGCGAUUUGCGACUUGAUUAACUUUCAGAAAGUUACAUAUGAUUUUGAAUUUUAUAAAAUAGAAUACGAAACGGAUAUUCCAGUCUUAAUUUUAUCAGAAGCUAAAUCUUUUAUCCCUUGUCAAACCCAAGUCCUACUAAAAGUAGAUUCAGAAUCAGAAAGCGUUUAUCCUCAAAUAAUAAAAAUCGCUGAACAGUAUUUGAAAGAUGAAAAUAGAUUGAUAAAUAUUCGACAGUAUUUAGAAACUAUUCGAGAUACGAAAUUUGAAUUUAACGAUGAAGAUGUUAUAAAGGAAAUUCAGAAUGAUUUCAUACAAUGGAACCAGAAAAACAAAAACGCUGAUCAUUUACACUUAUUAAUGGUGUUGGCUAGAUUAUUAUCUUUAUCAUAUGGAUCGAAUACUUUAACUAUAGAAUAUUGGAAAAAGGCAUUCCAAAUGGAAAUAGAAAGAUUAAAUAGAUUACCGGUGAAAAAAGAAACUUAACUGUUAAUUAAAAGUAAAGCCUGUGCAUAUCUUUUCGAAAGUGCAACUUCUCCCUUAAAGCCUGGAAUAUGACCGGUAUAGCCUACAAUCGGUGGUCUUUCAGGAGAAACUUCAUAAUCUGUGUUUGCCGCAGGUGGAAAUUCGAUACCAUCUUGAAACGGGGGACCAAAGAGAAAAAGAUGAUUCUUAAAUUACGCGAUACGUCAUCGGAUAUAACAUCGGUAUUAUUCUCACAGGUAUGCAUAUGACUCGUCGGAUCUUACCCAGGCAAGUGAGCGGCAUAACUCUCUCUAAAAAAUUGUUUUCUCUGUUCUUCGGAUACUGAAUCGAAGACCAUUUUCCGACCAAGCUUUUUAAACGUAAUGUGUUCAAAUUAUCGUGUUAGAUCAACGCCUCCGUCACUUCCAUUGCUUUCAUCCCUUUCUUUCGGCAUUCACACUUUUCGAUCGAAGCUUUUUAUAACGUAGAAUUUUUUUGCAGUUCAUUUGUAAUAAAAUCUAAACGCGAACGAAAAUGCAAUCAGUAAUACGAAAGUCGCGCUACUCAUACAGAAGAAACGUAUACGCAUGUAUACGUAUAUAUAUAUUAAAAGCUGUAUACUGCAUAUCGCAGAGUGUGCUAUGCACGUUAUAAGUGAGUAAAAGUCCUUUCUUAUAUGAUAAUUCUUGGUUACUUGAAUAUAGUUAGUGUUUCUAAUUUAUUAAUAUAAUUUUGUUUCUGAACAUUAUACACCAAGCAACGAUAUAUGUUACAAAUGUAUCGUUUAGUUAUCGUUAUUUAGUUACUGCGUUAGUUACUUCUUUACUCUGUUAUGAUUUCAAGGAAGGAAGAAAGAAAAGAAAGGAUUGGAAGGAUUUUCAAAGCUAUGUUUUCAUCGAAUAGAUCCUCGACAGCUUUGUCUUUAGUAUAAUUCAAAAAAUUGUUUUAUAAACCACGAUAAUCAAGGUUCACGAAAUAAAUUUGAAUCUUUGUUGAAACGAAUGAAAACUGCCCAACGAUAAGAUUUUACAAUAUAUAUAUUAGCAAAGAAACACACUGUGAAACCUCUAUUUUACAAUCGUAAACGAAAAGCGUUUCGCGUGUUACCGUUUUCCUUUCGCGUUUCAUCGAUAACUGGAUACGAUUUAGUACCAGGCAAUGGUUUCCUAGGAGUAACACAACUCCGUUACCUUCAAGAAGAUCGAUACGCGCAGGAGGUGGGGAAAAGUAAAAGAAAGACCAUUUGACUCUGCCAUGAUCGAUCGGUUAAAAAUUGUCGAGAAAGUAAAAGAUCUCGCAAUCGUCGCGCAGCAAAUUAUCAGCAAUUUUAAUAUGAAAAUGAUUUAGCAAUAGAUCGAAGACUGUAUCGGGAACGAGCCAUUAUUUAGCUUACAAAAAUUAUAGACUGCGUGACAGGCUACGACAUCAAAUCAUUUAAAUGAUUUAUUUUUUGUCACAUAAUUUGUACAAACAUCGAUAGAAAAUGUCGAUAGAAUUCCCGUCCAAUACAAUUAUUUAGCAAUUUACAAACUGUGCAAUCUUA